AUGGUGAACAUAACAGAGAAGAUCAAGGAGAUUGAGGAUGAGAUGAGGAGGACCCAAAAAAACAAGGCAACUGAAUAUCAUCUUGGUCUCCUUAAAGGAAAAUUAGCCCGUUACAGAGCCCAACUCCUCGAGCCCGGUCCCGGCGCCGGAUCCAGCGGCGGAGCAGGCUUUGAUGUCUCGAAAAGCGGCGACGCACGUAUCGCCCUCGUCGGCUUCCCCUCCGUAGGGAAAUCCACGUUCCUCUCCAAGAUCACCAAGACCAAGAGUGAGGUUGCAGCGUAUUCCUUCACCACAUUAACAGCUAUUCCGGGGGUGUUGGAGUAUGGUGGUGCCGAGAUCCAAAUCCUUGAUUUGCCGGGUAUUAUCGAGGGUGCUUCCGAGGGGAAGGGAAGAGGACGACAGGUUAUUAGUGCAGCGAAGACGAGUGACUUGAUCUUGAUGAUUCUAGAUGCGACAAAGAAGGCCGAGCAAAGAGCGCUGCUAGAGGCAGAGUUAGAAGCUGUGGGAAUUAGGUUGAACAGAGAGCCGCCGAACAUAUAUCUAAAGCCCAAAACAGCGGGUGGCAUGAAAAUCACGUUCCAAUCACCACCCAAAAACAUCGAUCAGAAGAUGGUCUACAACAUCCUCCGCGACUACAAGAUCCUCAACUGCGAGGUGCUCGUCCGAGAUGAAAACGUCACCGUCGACGAUUUUAUUGAUGUCAUCAUGAAAGACCACCGCAAGUACAUUAAAUGCCUCUACGUGUACAACAAGAUCGAUUCUGUGUCCCUCGACUUCCUGGACAAGCUCGCGAGGGAGCCGCACACGGUUGUCAUGAGCUGCGAGCUUGAUCUGGGGAUCCAGGAUGUAGUGGAGCGGUGUUGGCAAGAAUUGAAGCUGAUUAGGAUUUAUACGAAGAGGAAGGGCGUGGAUCCGGAUUUUAGCGAGGCGUUGAUUGUGCGGAGUAAUAGCACCAUUGAGGAUGUCUGUGAUCAGGUUCACCGGACGCUGAAGGAUACUUUUAAGUAUGCGUUGGUGUGGGGAGCUAGUGCCAGGCAUGUUCCCCAGAGGGUGGGCUUAGGACAUCCAGUGGCGGAUGAGGAUGUUGUUAGUAUUGUUAGCAACUGGAGGGCUUAG